UUGGAACAUUUGCAGCUUCAUUCGCUGUGGAUCAAGUUACCUACAAAAUACCAUGGUUAAAAGCUUAUCUCCAACAUCUAUAGGAACUCGAGGCAGAGAGUUAAAAUAAAUCAUGUUACUGAAGGAUUCGAUUGCAUAAUUGAAAGCUCAGCUGGAUCAAAAACUAGCAGCUGGGAGGGUAAUGUGAGUGGAUAGUGUGUAUUUUAGAAAAUAUUUUUACAUGGAAUAAUAGCACCAAAUGCAAUACAUUUUACAGUCAAGAAAAAAGCCAUAACUGAUAUGAAAUGCAAAAUAAUAUAGUUCCUUUAUUGAAGACUCUGUAGAUUCCUCAUUGCACUUAAUACACAGUGUUUACUCUUGGGAAGAAAGGACAAGUACUGUAGUUACACAGAAGAGGAGCCCUGUGUGCUCAAGACUUGUCACUUAUUCAAGUGUCAGCGGGAGACCACAUUUCAAAAUUUUUUAUGCCUUGUGGUUUAGAAGUCCCUGGCCCUUUUCCUUACUGCAUCUUGCUGAUCUGUCAAAGGAUUUCCUUAAACAACAAGCCAUGGGUUCAGCCUGUCACACAGAGGAGACAUGUGCCUGCUUCCUGGUGCUCUCAGUGUCUCUCUGUGUCCUGAAGAAGCUGAUAGGGAGGUCGCCGAAAAAGGGCACUUCAUUUUCUCAUUUUAAAACUACUCUGCCAUACAUCACUGCCUAGUUCUAACAUGUGCAACAAGAGAAGAAAAUAAAGUGUCUGAAAACCUCCAGGAAUGCAGGUUAAGCUCUUAGUCUUUUCUAGAACUUAGGUAAAAAAUGUUUCUCUCCCUAUCCCAAUGUACAGUAUACACUUAGUCUUACCAUAUAGAAGCAAUAUAAGCAAACCUUUGUUUGAAGAAGAUGUACAAAGUGUUUCUUUAUGUCAUUAGGUUUGUUAAAUUACAUUUCUACAUUUAACAUUAUGCGAUAUGUUAGAAUCAAGUGUGAUUUAUUAGAUAAUGAAUCAUUUUUAUAAACAAUUCAUAUUUUCUGUAAUGCCCCUUUCGUGUCGUGCUCAAAAGCUCAAGACUACUUCAGAUCGUGUGCGAGAUUAAGAUGGGAAAAAGAGAACUUGAUGGCUAGGAGAACAGUUCUCACGAAGGACCUGCGGUUAUACUUUGUGCCUGUGGUGCACAUUGAAGAAAUACCAGCAAUUCAAAGGCUAACUGGUUGAGUAAAAAUGAGACGUUUUCUUUUGUAUCGAACAGAACCAGGAAUCUAAAAGAGGUAAACUGAGAUCCUUAAACAAGAGCUGAAACAGAUACUAAGGGUCCCACGUUGUCCUGGUCAGAGGUGAAAGACAAGCAAUGACUGUAUGAUAUUCUUACAUUACGUCUGCUAUGACAAAAUUCACAAAUCAUGUCACAUUUUCAAUUCUGUGUCAGUAACUGUUGUUUCUCUUGGGCAUUUUCCAAAGCUGCUCAAGAGCUACCAUAAACACUGUUUCACUGCAUGAAGUACAUAACUUCCUUUUGGAGGUCAUCAGAAACACCAGAUCAUUUUGCAGUGUGUCACUAGGCAUCUGCCACUACUAGGGCCUUUUUCUUGGAGGCGGAUCUGAUUUGUGAUCAAACUACUGCAUUGCCCUUGGGAACAAGAAACAUAACUGAAUGGCAAGGUAUUCUGGAUUGUACCGCUUGCUACCGUUCUGUCUCAGAAGUGUUGAAAUAACUCGUAUAAAGGAUCCUAGAAAUCAGGCAGAAUGCAGCUGAAUUCUACCUGUCUUUUCGAAGGGCAUUUUUGUCAUUUUACUCCAGGGGCCCACUAAAACGGUGCUCACCCAAUGCAGUUUCACACUCGCUGUACCUGGCAGUGGGGAGGGUGUGGGGCAGAGCACAGUGGCAAAGCUGUGUUUGGGGGGGGAGGAAUGAGGCCCCCAUUGGGCUCUUGCCUCAAUCCACCAGCCACAGGCUUCCUGAUCUGCUCAGCUGAGCCCUGUGAGAUAAUGCCCGUACGUUUCGAAAGCCUCCUGUUUCAAGCAAACAACAGAAAGAAAGUGGUGAUGGGAUAUAGCCAGUACCUGCUUUGGCUAUGGCUCCUGGGUUCGAGCUAAAAAUCUGCUUUUGGAUCUCUGUUUCUGUUUGGAUCUGCUGGAGGACUUCGCUGGUCUCCACCUUUGAACCUGUCUCUCCUCUGAUAAAGAAAGCUUCUUUGCUCCUCGCUGAUGAUCAAGACCCAAAAUGCUUCACUCGGACAGAAAGUGAUUUCACUUGCUUUUGGGAAGGCACCAACGAUUCUACCUAUGAGCUCUAUUACAAAACAGAAAUCGAAGAAAAGAAAUGUGCUCUCACGCAGCAGAGGGAUUGGAACACGCUGCUUCAUGUUUGUUCCUUCCCAGCCCAUGAUGUCUUUCUGUUCACUGUAAUGCACAUCACAGUUGUGGACUGCAGCACCAACAACACUAUCUACACCAGAAACGUCAGUGUUGAAAACCAAGUUCUACCUGAUCCUCCUGCGAAUGUCUCACUUGUCCAGAAUGGGAAACCACUGCAGCUCAGGGUGUCAUGGAACGCCCCUGCAGCUCAAUACAGAAAAAUGCUGUAUGAGAUCAAAUAUGCUCCUGCCAACUUACAGCAACAAACUAGAAGGGUAAAUGUUUCAAAGUCCAGAGCUUACAAUCUGGUGGGCCUGAUCCCAGGCGAAAUCUACAGCGCCCAGGUUCGUGCUAAACGUCAUGACGACUACAACAGCGGAGUCUUCUGGAGUGAGUGGUCUUGGCCUGUCAGUGCAGUGGUUCCUCAGCAUCCAGAUGACAUCAACCUGCAGUGCCACAGCCAUGAUCUCAGGAACAUCAGAUGCCAGUGGAGAGACAAAGAGGCAACGAGAGACACUCAGUUCACUCUUUAUUACAAACAAAGUAAAUGCAAGGGCGCACAUGUCCAGAAGAAGUGCGUGCAGAAUGAGACGACCUCGGACGACCCCAUCGCCCACUGCACCUUUCCUGGAGAAGAAUCCUGUGACAUCACGGUCACUCUGCAAGCCAGCUCAACGCAUCACAACAGGACAUUCUUUACAGAGCCUUUCAGGAUGAAUGGCAUAGUCCGCACCGACCCUCCGAGGGCCCUGACAGGGGGGAUCCGGACAGGGUGGGUGUGGCUACACUGGGAACCCCCCCUGUUACAGUUGGCCGACCAGCUGCAAUACGAGGUUCACUCCUCUCUGUCGGCGGACUUGCAGAGAAAGCUAAUGGCCCUGGAAACCUCCAACACCAGCGCCCUGUUGGAUUUGCCUGCUGGGAACACUUAUGACAUACGGGUCAGGGCCAGGCCCAAUGGGCACAAUUACAGUGGCUCCUGGAGCGACUGGUCUGAACCGCUUACUGUGGCAGUUCCCUCUCGCCUCGGAUACCUACUGAUGGCAUUCAUCCCUUUAGUGUUGCUUUUGAUAGCAGCCGUGUUAAUUGCUACAUGCUCAAAAUGCUUAAGAAAGAUCAAACUGCUGCUUUGGCCACCAGUUCCAAACCUUGACAAAGUGCUGGAAAGUUUCCUGAUGGAGAUCAACAAGCAGUUGCCACCGCAGUCAUUUAACGACAAACUCUGCGAUGAUGAGAUCACUUCGUCCCCUGUGGAGAUAGUGUCCGAAAAAGAAUUGCAGGAUUGCAUAAAACUGCGAGGGGAUCAACCUUCUCCUCCCUUCAUUGCUCUUGGACAUGGCCUGGGGUCUCCAUCAGAGGGGAAACCUCAGGCAGACUACAUUGACCACCUAGACACCACUGAAGACUAUGUAGUCCUCGACACAGAGAACUUCAUACGAUGUCUCCAAGGCAACGAGUAUGUGUAUGAGGAAGAGAAGUUGCUGGGCACCUGCUUCACCCGCAGUAAUCCCACGCUGCAGUGUGAACCCUGCCUCUGCACCUUCCCAGGACCCCCCCAGUCUUCAAUCGAAAUCCUCAACCACUCCUAUCUCCUCCUGGCCAAGUCCCAGUCCGACAUCCAGGCCGAGCUGGAGCUCUUGGAAACAGCCAACCAGUACACCAACCUGAACCCAGCAGGAGAGGUGUUGUCACAAGCCAGCUGACUUGAUCAAAAACUUGCAAAGUUCUUAACUCUGUCACAGAUGCUCAGAGUAUCUGCAAGUCUCAUCCGGUUAACAUGGGGAAACUGUUCUGAAACAACUGUAUCAGCUGUUGUUUUAAACCUCUAGCCAUGGUUAAAUAGCUUUGGCGCUCUAAGAAGCGGAUUUAUUUGAGGCUUUAGGUAAUCCAAAGACUCUUCCCUCAGUGAUUUCUACUCCACCUUGUGGAGAGGGUAGGAGAGGUUACUACCAAUGUUCUAUACCAGAGCAAAGAUUCAGCCACUGUUACCAUCAGGAUUGCCCUUAUCCUAAUAGAAAUGACAUGAGUAACAUGGUUUGAAGAACACAGCAGUUAACAGAUGCACCAGAUGUCAAAUUAAGAUGCUAUUGGUCAUGGGACGGCCUGAAAGUUUAGGCACAAGCUACUCUAUGAUACCAUUCUAGCAACAUGUGCACUCCUAGAACUUCAGCAGAACUGAAGGGUUUUUAAUAUGUGGACUUUACACAACAGGUCAAAUGUUUUUUAUGUAAAAACAAUGGUUAUAGUUUUAGAGUUUAUACUAUUGUUAUUUUUUAGCUAUUAUUUUCCUUCCCUGUUUAUAUGGGUAUCACACUGUAAAAAGUCUGAGCUGCAACAGGUGUAAGGGGAAAACAAAUCAAAUAUUUUUUUAUUCCUUGGAUACUGCCAAAUAUGUAAAAUGUCAAAUACCUUUUAAAUAAACUAUAUAUAAAAUGUAAUGACAACAAAAGCAUUCCUAAGUACUUGAUAAAACAGCAAAAUAUUACAUUAAAAAUACUCAACAUAAAAUGUCACACACACUUGAAAGUAAACGAUUUUGCCUCAGACUACUGUUUAAAAUCUGCACAAAUCAUACAUGAUCUGAAACGAAAAUGAACCAGCUCAAAUUCACUACAAGAUUGGUGCAAAAGGCAUCAAUAGGAAAUCUAUAGGAAUGAUCUGAAUUAGGGGAGGCACAUAACACUGAGUUACCUCGCAUAAUGAGGUGCUGUUUAGGCCUUUAUUCAAACUUUACCUCUCAUACACACACAAAUUGCUCUCACAUACACACAAAAUGCUCUCACUCUCCAUUUUACCUCUCACAUUCAUAUAAAAUGCUCUCACACUCUCCAUUUUACCUCUCGCAUACCCACAAAAUGCUCUCACAUAUACAGAAAAUGCUCUCACAUUCACAGGUUUUACGUCGCACAUACACGUAAAACACCUUCACAACAUGAACGUGAGGGACAAAACAGAAAUUAACCUCAACUGCAACGAGCACUAAACCAAACUGUAGCUUUAAUUAAUAACAUCUUAGCCACACGAGAAGCAAUAGCUUUAUUGUCAUAUGAGAGCAUUUUAUAUGAAUGUGAGAGGUAAAAUGGAGAGUGAGAGCAUUUUGUGUGUAUGCGAGAGCAAUUUGUGUGUGUAUGAGAGGUAAAGUUUGAAUAAUGGCCUAAACAGCAUUUUGCAUGUAUUUG